UUUUUUUUUUUUUUUUUAGGUAAUGGCACCUCACAGGCACAUGGUUUAGUGGGAUAUUUUCAGCUAUAAAGUUGUUCUACUUAUAGACGAAUCGUGAUAUUUUGAGACGGGUUUCAUUAAAAGCUGCUACCGGAUUUCCGGUGACAUAACCGACUCUGUCCUUACCGGGAAACUCUUUUCCAUGUUUAACUGUAGUGUUUUGGUAAAACACGCUUUCACCAUCUCAGUGUUGUAUAAACAGCCUUUUUUCAGUUGGUCACCCAUAAAGUAAACAGGAAGAGGAACCAAUGCUACAUCCUAAAAUCUAAGCCAGCUGACUGAGCAUAGACCAGCAAACUGAUGAGGACUUACUAAUGGAAAUGGAUGAUAAUGGCCUACAGACCUCUAACUGUGAUACAAGAUGGUCACGGCAACUGUCAGGCCUUCCUCACAAGCUCCUACAGCGCCUGAUGACUUUCCAAAGGGAAGGAGUGGAGUUUGCUUUGUCAAAGAAUGGACGAUGUAUGAUCGCUGAUGAGAUGGGUCUUGGGAAGACGGUUCAGGCCAUCGCUGUGGCGUACACCUACAGGCAGGAGUGGCCUCUCCUGGUGGUGGUGCCGUCGUCCCUGAAAUAUCCCUGGAUUGAGGAGCUGGAGAGGUGGAUACCUGAGCUGCAGCCUGGAGACAUCAACCUGGUGGAGAACAAGAGCGACACCAUGGGCAUCAGCCGAAGUAAGGUGACCGUGCUGGGCUACGGUCUGCUCACCACCGAUGCUCGCCUGCUGGUCGAGGCUCUGAGCAGGCAGCGCUUCAACGUGGUCAUAGUGGACGAGUCACAUUACCUAAAGUCCCGGAACGCAGCGAGAACCAAGAUCCUGGUUCCAUUAAUUCAGAGUGCCAAGCGAGCCAUCCUCCUCACUGGUACCCCGGCCCUGGGCCGCCCUGAAGAGCUUUUCAUGCAGAUUGAUGCACUCUAUCCCAAGAGGUUUGGAACAUGGACCGACUACGCUAAGAAGUACUGCAACGCCCAUUACAGGUACUUUGGGAAUCGCAGGCAGUGGGACUGUCGCGGGGCGUCAAACUUAGAAGAGCUACACCAGCGACUGAGCCAGAUCAUGAUCCGUCGUCUCAAGGCUGACGUUCUUAGCCAGCUGCCUCCUAAAAUCCGCCAGCGUAUCCCCUUUGACCUGCCGAAAGAGGCUGCAAAGGAGGCCUCAGCCAGCUUUGCCGAGUGGGAGAGACUGAUGAAGGGAAUGGGGUCAGGGGUCGUCAGUGUGGAUAACCCCUUCACUGAGGUCAUGGGACUCGUCACACAAAUGUACAAGCAAACCGCUAUUGCCAAGGCGGGAGCUGUGAAGGACUACAUUAAGAUGAUGCUGGAGGCAGAGCAGCUGAAGUUUCUAGUGUUCGCUCACCACCUCACCAUGCUGCAGGCCUGCACGGAGGCCGUCAUCGAGGCCAAGGUUGGUUAUAUUCGUAUCGAUGGUAGCGUUCCAUCCUCGGAGCGGAUCCAGCUGGUUCACAAAUUUCAGAACGAGCCUGAAACCCGUGUCGCCAUCCUCAGCAUCCAGGCAGCUGGUCAGGGUUUGACCUUCACCGCUGCAAGCCACGUGGUGUUCGCCGAGCUGUACUGGAACCCCGGCCACAUUAAGCAGGCUGAGGAUCGUGCCCAUCGGAUCGGGCAGACUUGCUCUGUUAACGUGCACUACCUCAUUGCCAAGGGCACCUUCGACACCGUCAUGUGGUCCAUGCUCAACAGGAAGGAAACAGUGACUGGCAGGUCUCUCAAUGGGAGGAGAGAAUACUUGAAGGCCGAUGAAGGUGACAAGGAUAAAUGGGAGUUCCUCAACUUUGCCAACGCUUGGACGCCAAGUGAGAUGGUGCUGCCGCUGGAGGGGAGCACAGGAAAUGUCAAAGAUGAUGUGUUUUUCACUCAUUUUGAGAGAGACAAGCAGCACGACAUCCGAUCUUUCUUCUCCCCGAAUGCCACCAAGGAGAGGAAGAGAAGGCGAACAGAAGAUGAAGACACUACCUCUCCAGCUGAUGACAGAGGACUGAAGUCAGACACCACAGAUAAGUGUCAAACCAGUGUCACACCGGAUCAGGAUUUCCUUCCGCAGCAGAAGAGGCUGCGGACCCCACAGGCCAGCUCGAGUCCCAAGUCUCGAUUUGGUGGGAAGCGGAGGGCGACAGUUGGGGGGAUGAGCUCUUGCAGCCCCGGCGCUUUCGUCUCCUUCACGAAUCCACGGAGACUUUCAGCGAGCGGCCCUGUAGCUAAGACGUGGAACUGUGGGGCCUGCACCUACUCUAACAGCAGCCUGUUGCCUUACUGUGAGAUGUGUGAAUUCUCUCGCUCUUCUUCUGAGCCACCCAGACCUCAACCGCCAUCAAACCAAAGGGACCAGGCUUGCGUCGUCCUCUCCAGUUCUGACAGCGAGCCAGAGCUCAGCCCAGGAAAGGCCCCGCCGCCCAAAUCGCUCAAAGACAAACAGAGCGAAGAGGAGGAGGAGGAGGAGAAGGUGGAUGAGCCUCCGAAAGACAAACAGAAAGUAGGAGAAGCAGAGGAGGAGAACAAGCGGCAGCUCAAAGGCAAACAAUCAGCAGGAGAGCAAGGCGACAACAUCGCUGGCAGUGGCAGCUGCCUCCCCCCUGACCACACACGGGGCCAGAGAGCCGCGGUGUGUCUGUCUUCUGCUGCUGAUGCUAAUGACGAUGAUCGGGGCAAUGAUGGAGAUGACGCCAACACUUCCGUUCCUGUCUACCCAGGCCUGCAGUUCUGUGCCAGCCAGUACACAGACCGAAUAUAUAUUUACACCAAGGACGGUACUCCGCUGAACUUGAGUUUCAUCCCUCUGGACAUCAAGCUAACCAACUGGGACGACCUGCCCGAGGCCUUCAGCCGGCGCUGCGAAAAUCGAAUACAGGUGCUGCGUUUUGUUCAGGAGUGGAGUGGCCUGGCAGCCAUGAAGCAGAAGCUCCUCCGACGCAGCGGCCUCCUCUACCACGGCCCUGCUCUUGGCUUGCAGAAGCUGACCACUGCCCAGCGCACGCACUCAAGCACUAAGAGGUACCUCAGCAGAGAUGAGGUGGCACAGGCCUCCAUCAGUAAAGCCCAGCAGGAGGGAGGCAGCGUCCGGGUAGUCACAAAGGAGAACUUCUUUACCAAGAGAAAGUCUGCAACAUCGCUAACACCGCCAGCUCCAGAGAGGCUGGACAAGGAAUCCUCUAAAGCAGCGGAAGAGCCACAUUCCUCUGAGUCUGGAUAUGUGCAGGCUGUGGACAGUGAAGGUGUCCCACUAUGUCUGUCCUGCCAGCGGGCCUGUUCUACUACCGGAGGGGCCUGGGACACCCGGUUCUGCAGCCACAGGUGUCAAGAGGAAUUCCAGUUGCGCUCCAGCCAGACAUACAUGAGGUCGCGUGUGCUGGAGGCAGAGCAGGGCAUUUGUCAGCACUGCGGCCUGCAUGCCCAUGACCUCUUCCUGAAGGUCCGGGAUGCCCCACCCUCCCAGCGCAAGGAGAUGAUGGAGAACACGUGGUUGUCUCAGCUGCCACUCAAAAAGCUGAAUGAGAUGAUCCGCGCCCCAGUCGAAGGGGAUUUCUGGCAGGUCGACCACAUCCGGCCGGUCUACAGUGGAGGAGGACAGUGUUCUCUUGACAACCUGCAGACGCUCUGCACCGUCUGCCACAAAGCCAGGACGGCUCAGCAAGCCAAAGAACGCAGCCAGAUGAAGAAGAGCGUCGCAGCCUCCAAGGUUGCAUCAGACAUCACCAGAUUCUUCGUCAAGAAAUGAACCAGAAAUGAAAAGACAGAAAGGUUUCGUACUGUAAAUAGUGUGAAAGGUGUAAAAUUUUUCCAAAAUGUUUAAAGCGUGGUAUUUGCAUCAUGGCGAAGAGAGGUGUAUCAUGAUUCAAUAACCAAAUUCAUAUGAAACCAUCUGAAAUGCCAUUUAGCCUGGCAGAUUAGGAUAAAAGGCUACCUUCCUUUUGAAUCUGUACUCCUUCAAGGUCCAUACUUUUUCAUCAUUUCACUUUCUGAUGAAAUCACUGACAUCCUGUUUAGGGGUCAGGUGGCUGACUUCGCUGCAGGGGACACUAGUGGUGGAGAUUUACCUAAAACAGUGAUGACUGCAUCAAAUGCAAAUUCAGCCGACUCCACUCUCGUCCCCGAACCGUCACGAGUGCGGUAGUUUUGAUUUAUGAUGGCCCCCUUUUGCUCGAGGCUGAAAUGGAGCAGGUUGUUUAGAGAGAUGCUGCUAUUUUAAGAUUUUGCGAACUUAGUGAAAAGUAGCAGGUGAGAGAUGAAUUGGGGGCUUUGUGAUUAAAACUCCACGGCAGAAAACAAAACUGAGUGUCCUCAUUGGCGCCCUCAACAAGUGACACCUUGUAAAUCUUCCUCUUUGGAAGAUAGAUGAACGCUCUCCAGUGAAAUAAAAACCUAUUUUUUGCGCUUCA